UGCGAUGAUGAAACAGUUCCAGGAUCUGAUCAGGUUAAUUUAGCUAUGAAAUGCCAAGAAGGUGCUGAUUUUUGGCAUAAAGAUGAAGGCUAUAAUAAUCUUGCCACUUGUGGUUAUCUUGGCAUCCAGUAUUCGAAUUUGACGAAUAAAGUAUCACUGGAUUCGUUUCAUCAGAACGAGUUGAAUGCUUUCUCUUUUGAAGCUGUGAUUCCAUUUCGAACUUUUCAAGUUCGACAUUCAGCCAGAAAACUUUACCAUCUUCCCUUAGCGCUUGAUUCUGAAAAAAUUGAAAAGGAUUACUCAAAGAUAAAAGCAGAUUUUAGAAGAAGCCUACCGGAGACAAAUUCCAUAACUAGCCUAAAGGCGAUAUUUAAGCAGCUUAGGUGGUUGCAUCGAAACGAUAUUCCGGCUCCUUCCAUUAUAACAUUGUGUUCCCUUAUAAUUCAUCCUUUAAUUCCUCGCGGGUUUGUCAUUCAUCUAAUAAUUCGUGGUCUCGUAACAGCAACAGUGGACACAAAUGUUGAUAUCGCUUUUGUGUUCGACCUUGUCAAAUGUCGAGUCCCCUUUCUUCCGGCGAAAAUUCAGAAUGGAAAAAAGAUCGAGAUUGCCAGGGUCCAAAGAGGUUUGCCCAAUUUUCAAACGAUAGUCGAGUCUUUAGCGCGGUUUCCUGAAGUUUUGCGAUUUAAAGAAUUAAGAGCGAAGAGGAGAUAA